AGCAUCCAGUCUUGCUUUGGAACAUCGACGACCAGGAGGAGAUUUUUGCAGCGGUGAUCCCGAGCGGAUCUCCCCGAUUGGAGUGCAUGAAGGACAGCGAGAGGAAGAGAGGAGAGUCCGCUUGAUUGCAACGUUUUUGGAGCGAGCAAAGGAAACAACGAGUUCAUUUCUUCACAAGGACAUUGCAGCCAUGACACCGAACGUGUCCGAGCUGUUGUGGGAGGAGUCUUCGGGCGCAGACGCCUUACCGACGUCGGACCACCUUGGAGUCAACCCGCCCGCUCAACUGACAGCUUGGGGCGUUGCCCUCUGCGUGUCAGGCACCGUCAUCGCCGCAGAGAACGCCGUGGUGGUCACCACGAUCCUGGCCUCGCCGUCUCUGCGCGCACCCGUCUUCCUGCUGCUGGCGAGCCUCGGCCUGGCCGACCUUCUGGCAGGCGUGGCUCUGGUGGCCCGCUUCCUGUUCCUCUUCUGCCUAACGCCCAGCGAUUGGUCCGAGCUGGUGACGUCAGGUCUCCUGGUGACUUCGUUGACCGCCUCUCUGUGCAGCUUGAUGGGCGUCGCCCUGGAUCGCUACCUCUCUCUAAGCCACGCCCUCACGUACGGCUCAGGGCAAUCCCGUCGGCGUGCAACUAUUCUACUCCUCCUGGUGUGGGCGGGCGCUUGCAUCCUGGGUGCCAUCCCCGCCGCCGGUUGGAACUGCUUGGCCAAACAGACUUCCUGCUCGGUGGCGCCGCCCCUUACUCGGACGUACCUGUCGCUACUCUGCGGCGGCUACCUGGUGGUGGUGCUCGUCACUUUGCAACUGUACGUAGGCAUCUGCCGGGUAGCGCGGCGCCACGCGCACGCCAUCGCCAUCCAGAGGCACUUCCUGCCCUCCAGCCAAUCGUAUCCCGGCAAGAGCGCCGGCGGUCGAGGGUUCUCGCGGUUGGUGCUCAUUCUGGGAGUCUUCGUGGGUUGCUGGAUGCCUUUCUCACUAUGGGGGCUGCUGGGCGACGCGUCCAGCCCGCCGCUGUUUACGUACAUCACCCUGGCGCCCGCUGCCUUUAGCUCUUUGCUAAACCCUCUGCUCUACAGUUUGAGAAACAAAGACAUACGCAAAGUUCUGCUGCACGCCUGCUGCCCCCGCAGACACGCCGCCCAACUGCACUGCCCGGUGGAUGUGUAGACUGAUAAUGAGGAACUUUGAAAGUUUGGGAAAAGGAAAUUCAGGAUCUUUGUCCUGGAUCUAGAAGAAUUCUACAUUUGGAAGGGAAUAAAAAAUCCCAAAACGGACUUGACUGAGAUGAACUUUACGAACACAUACCUGCCAUAUCGUUUCCGGGUAAAACAUGAACGUUUACGCCGUAGUUGCCUGUUGUUUUUGUGCAAUACUGGGAGUUACUCGUGUCUGGGAUUUGAUUUCUCUAACCUGGCAAUAAAACUCCUAUCCGGAUUGUUGAGUUGGUUAGCGGUACGGUUACUUCCACAGCAACUUAUAUUGUCUUCUUCCUAAGAAAUGGAAAAUUUGUUUGUGAAAAGCCAUUUCAGUGUAAAUCCAGGAUUUCCCCUACUAAGAACUGGUGCCCAUAAAAUGUCCAUGUUUUUGGACGCUAGCUCUUAGGAGGUUAAGACCAAAAUCAAACCUAUGCAGGGGUUGGGGAACCCACGAAAUAAGCAUUGUUUGUUUUUGUUUUUUUGACUUUGCUAUGUUUGCUAUCAUUUGUGUGUGAUUCUACUGUAAAAAAAUGACUGCCCCCUUUCACAUCACUUGCAACACUCAAAUUAGGCCUGGGCGAUGUAUCCAUUUUAUGUGAAUGAUUAAAAAAAAAUAAAUAGUGAUUUAACAGAUUA